GCAGCCAACCUGCCAACACUUACUGACACUCACUCAUCUCAGAGGGAGAGGUGAAGAGGGAGAAAAAAUACCUACCAGGGGGAGGAAAAAAAAAGAACGGAGGAAGUCCACGUUUUGCAAACUAUUCCAUUUUUCUUCGCAUCCUACCCCACCCUCCCCCUCCCGGUACUUAAAAAAAACAACCCUAUAGCUUUCCUACAAGGCAAAGCCCAAACGCGGAGUUACUGAGAGAAGAAACCGAGGUUAAAAAGAUUCCUCUUUUCUUCUUCAUCAUCAUCAGCCAUCAUUCAUUCACUACCUUGACAUUCCAUGGCUUUGAUUGACAGCUGGAGUGGCAAAAAGCCAUGAGACACGACAGUUUGGUUACAUGUGGGUUGCUGACGGGCCGAUCGUAACCUUCAGUUUGGGGGCUUGACGAUUUUUAAUUUUUUUAUUUUUAUUAUUAUUAUUAUUUUUUACGUAAAGGAAGAAAAAAAGGAAAGAGACAGAGCAAAGGGGAAAUAGAGAAGAGAGCGCGGAAAAACAGAAGAAAUAUCACAAACUCGUCGUGGUUCUUUACCUACUUUUUAUUGUUAUUGCUAUUAUCUUUAUGAUUAUUCAUGCGCAUUGGAGAAGUCUAUAAGUGGGUCGGAAAGAAAAGGGAAAACAGGGAUACUUCUUCUUCUUAACUCAGUCACUUUUUUGUUGUUGUUGUUGCUGGACUGGGAUAUUAAAUAUAGGACACAUCCAGGACUUUAUUGGAGCGCAGACUGAUGGCGCAAAGGCUUUUCCCCCAACAGCGCGAUUUCCCUGCUCCUCUCUAGCUGCUCAGUGGCGCGGGGUUCACAGGGGGGAAGGCUUGUCUGCUGCUGCUGCUGCCGCCGCUGUUGCUGUGGCUGUUGCUGCCGCCGCCGCCGCCGCUGCCUGGGAAAUACAGCUACAUUUGCUGCUUGGUUUGUCUCUGAUUUUGACAAGGACAAGGGGGAAUUGCUACUAAAUAAUGUUUCUGUACGAUGAGCUGCCUCAUUACGGCGGGAUGGACGGAGUAGGGGUACCUGCUUCCAUGUACGGAGACCCUCACGCCCCCAGGCCGAUCCCCCCAGUCCACCACUUGAACCAUGGGCCACCACUCCAUGCCAGCCAGCAUUAUGGAGCCCACGCCCCGCACCCCAAUGUCAUGCCGGCCAGCAUGGGAUCGGCUGUCAACGACGCCCUGAAGCGGGACAAGGAUGCAAUCUACGGGCACCCGUUGUUCCCCUUGUUAGCUCUGGUCUUUGAGAAGUGCGAGCUGGCGACCUGUACUCCCCGAGAGCCUGGAGUGGCCGGCGGAGAUGUCUGCUCCUCGGACUCCUUCAACGAGGACAUCGCCGUCUUCGCCAAACAGGUUCGGGCGGAAAAGCCACUUUUUUCGUCAAACCCCGAGUUGGACAAUUUGAUGAUCCAAGCAAUACAAGUCUUAAGGUUUCACCUUUUGGAAUUAGAAAAGGUUCAUGAGUUGUGUGAUAAUUUCUGCCACCGGUACAUUAGCUGUUUGAAAGGCAAAAUGCCUAUAGAUCUAGUUAUUGAUGAAAGAGAUGGCAGCUCCAAAUCUGACCACGAAGAACUCUCAGGAUCAUCCACAAAUUUAGCCGACCAUAACCCUUCGUCUUGGAGAGACCAUGAUGAUGCAACCUCAACACACUCAGCAGGCACACCGGGGCCUUCCAGUGGGGGCCAUGCUUCCCAGAGUGGAGACAACAGCAGUGAGCAAGACUGCCAGCCAAAUGAACACUUUAGGAGGAGGUGUAUAAAUAUGUCUGCAGCACCCAGAGAGUUAAUCCACCCCAUUGUGCAUAGGUGUUGGAGCUCUUAUGGAGAUGGUUUAGAUAACAGUGUAGCCUCUCCUGGCACAGGAGAUGAUGAUGACCCAGACAAGGAUAAAAAGCGUCAGAAGAAAAGAGGAAUUUUCCCCAAAGUAGCAACAAAUAUCAUGAGAGCGUGGCUCUUCCAACAUCUCACACACCCCUAUCCUUCAGAGGAGCAGAAGAAACAGUUAGCCCAAGACACAGGACUUACAAUUCUACAAGUAAACAACUGGUUUAUUAAUGCCAGAAGAAGAAUAGUACAGCCUAUGAUUGACCAGUCAAAUCGAGCAGGUUUUCUUCUUGAUCCUUCAGUGAGCCAAGGAGCAGCAUAUAGUCCAGAGGGUCAGCCAAUGGGAAGCUUUGUAUUGGAUGGUCAGCAACACAUGGGAAUCCGGCCUGCAGGUUUGCAAGGCAUACCAGGGGACUACAUAUCUCAGGGUGGUCCUAUGGGUAUGAGUAUGACACAACCAAGUUACACUCCUUCCCAGAUGACCCCUCACCCUUCUCAAUUAAGACAUGGACCCCCAAUCCAUUCAUAUUUGCCAAGUCACCCCCAUCACCCAGCCAUGAUGAUGCACGGAGGACCCCCUACCCAUCCUGGAAUGACCAUGUCAGCACAGAGCCCCACCAUGUUAAAUUCUGUAGACCCCAGUGUCGGUGGACAGCUUAUGGACAUUCAUGCCCAACAGUAUAAGGGAACUCAAGGGAAGAAAGAAAACUAUUUUAAGACUUUUGAACUUUGACCAGAUGUUGACACUUAAUACACAAUUCCAGACAGCUGUGAUUAUUUUUUACUUUUGUCAUUUUUCAUCAACAACAGAGGACCAAUGAAACAAGAACACAAAUGUGAAAUCAUGGGCUCACUGAAAACAAUCUAUGUCCAUGUAAAGAUCCUCUGGGGCGGGGUGGGGGGGAAGACUCCAAGAGUUAUAACUACUGUAGUAUAUAAACAUAGGAACUAAGUUAACUUGUAUAUUUCUGUUGAUCACUCCGUUAUGUUGCCUCAAAUAGUUUUAGAAGGAGAAAAGAAUAUCCUUGUUUUCCACACUAUGUGUGUUGUUCCCAAAAGAAUGACUGUUUUGGUUCAGCAGUGAAGUCACUAUCCAUGAAAGACAACAGUAUAUUUCAGUCCUGUUUUGGCCAGUGAGAAAAGAACUACCCUGGAGAUGAAGAUCAAGUCUUGUUGGGUCUUUUCAUCACUCAGAAGACUGUUCCAAGAAGGCCUUGCCAUCCCCCGGUUUUGUUCCUUCAUAAAUGUGUCCUUUAGUUUCAAACAGAUCUUUAUAGUUUGUGCUUCAUAAGCCCAAGAUAUUUUUGGACUCUUUUUUCAAAGAGCUUGCAGGUGAAGAUUUUAAAAGACAGAGCAGGACCUUCUUCCAAUAGUUCUGAGCCUUGGCUUGGGACAAGACAAAUCUGAAGGUUGGGCAGCUUUCCUCAACAAAAGAAGAUAUUAAUGGUCUUUGCACCAAAACUAGAACUUUAUCAUGAUGAACUCAGAGCUUGGGAAAAAGCAAGAGAAUACUGUAACAAACUUCGUACAGAGUUCAGUCUAUUAAUUGUUUCAUGUUAGAUAUUCUAUGUGUUUACCUCAAUUGAAAAAAAAAGAAUGUUUUUGCUAGUAUCAGAUCUGCUGUGGAAUUGGUAUUGUAUGUCCAUGAAUUCUUCCUUUCUCAGCACGUGUUCCUCACUAGAAAAAAAAAUACUGUUACCUUUAAGCUUUGUCAAAAUUUACAUUAAAAUACUUGUAUGAGGACUGUGACGUUAUGUUUUAAAAAAAAGGUGUUAAGUCACAAAAUGCGGUAAUAAAUAUUUCAUUUUUGA